AUGACUGGCAAGGAGCGCGCGUCGCCCAUCUUCCGGCCCUGGGCCCAGCAGCCGAGCGCCGAGCCCAGGAUCGUACAGCCAGAGCCAGUGUACCUGCUGCCCGCGGCAAUGCAGCCAGCAUUCCCGAUGACCGCGUGGGACGUUGCCGCUGCAGCCGCCGCUGCGCACCAUCACGCAUCUUCGCCCGCGUUCCUCCAGCAAGAGCUGGCUGCCCGAUGGAAGGCGAAGAAGCAAAGACCUAAGCGCUUCCAGUGCCCUCACUGCAAGGUGUCUUUCUCCAACAAUGGACAAUAAGGUCACGUCAGGAUCCACACGGGGGAGCGGCCGUUUGCCUGCGAGCACGACGGAUGCGGCAAGACCUUCACGAGAAACGAAGAGCUGACGCGACACAAGCGCAUCCACACGGGACUGCGACCCUUCCCGUGCCCGCUGUCAAAGCCGUUCGGCCGCAAGGACCACCUCAAGAAGCACGUCAAGACGCACGAGAGAGCCUUGCUUCCUGGCCUUCCCUACUUCUUCGGCGGUGCGCCGGACUUCCUAUUUAUGUGA